AUGAAUGAUGACAAUGAAAGUGAGCUGGAGGAUGCUGCUGUGGAAGCUAUUGUCUUGCACAGAUACAAUGCAGGGCAGGAUCGUGUCGAGUAUUUGAUUCAGUGGCAGGAUGCGACGGAUGGCGCAGCAUUUAGUUGGGAACCUGAGGAAAAUGCCGUUGAUGCAGACGAGCUUGUGUACAGAUAUUGGCGAGAGAAACGAGGAGCUGAUCACGCAGCUGCCAGAGAAUACGUCGAAGCAACUAAAAGGAACCAAGCUCUGCAUGGUGUCGAUCACCCUCCCACUAAGGCCGAGACAGUCGAUCCUAGCUCUCGCGUGGCAGCAGCUGAUACUCCUUCGAAUGUCACAGGGUCAGAGUUAGAGCCGGUGGCACGACCGACUCUCACAGCUACAACAAAUACAUCGCUGAGCGUAGCGCCGAAUUCAGUGCGAGAAUCUCAAACUGUCAACGCAGAGGGAGAGUCCACGUUAUCAGCUACCGAUUCACAACCGCGUGCAUAUGGUACAACCCAAGUAGCUCAUUUUCAGAACAGCGUGUCAAAGAUGUGCACUGGGUCAGAACCGCAUGUGGUCGAUCAUCCUCUAUCUGGCAAGCGUAUUCAGAUUCACCGAAGCACCCAAUCGAACUUGGAUCGAGAAUCUCCGACGUCGAGCCGAAGGUCCUCACCGCAUCCCACAGCUCCAGAAUCGUCGUUGAAUUCAGGUACCACACCUCUACUGACUGCGCCUAUGUCUUCUGAACCCGUGUCUUCUCAAUUCCUUCGUAAUAAAGGCGACUCUCAUGCUGUGGAUUCGUCGAUCAUCCAAUCUAUACCCGAGAAUGCUUCUAUCGAACGCGAAUUCCAAGAGCAAUUUGGUGUUGACACGACUGAACCUGUGUCUGCAGCCAAGCCACGGGCCGCUAGUGAGCCACCGCCUGGGAAUCUAUUGGUGACGAGAAAGUUGCCAGCUUAUGGGAAUCCUGUAACGAAUGCAAACAGUUUUUGCUCACCAGUGACUCUAACACCCUCACUCUCAAAUCUUGUUCCAAAGACCGCGUCUGAUGACCCUGCGAAGCAUGCAACUGCGAUCUUAGAGAGCAAAAGGCCUCGCUUGGAUUCAGACGAUCCUUCUCUUGCCAAAAAGCACUCUAAUACGUAUGCGAAAGACUGGGCGUCGUCGUCAAGUUCUAUGUCAUUUACACCGGCACCCAAAGGUGAAAAGAAGAAAUUCGUCGAUCAGACACAGGAGCCGGAGAAGGAGGAGUCUGGUGACUGGGAUGCAGUGCGUGUUCGGGUACUCACAUUGCGCCGCCAAGAUGCAGAACUGCAUGCUCUUCUCCAGUUUCCACACGGGACAUAUCUUCAUCCAGUUAGUGUCGCGAAGAAGCGCUGUCCGCAGGCCCUACUUGCCUUUUACGAGAGUCGCGUCCGUUUCACUCCCCCGGCAGAGAAUGCGGAUGCAGCACAUUCUAUGCCGCGCGAUUGCCCAACGACAUGA